ACCGCGCCCCGCACUGCGCCCCGCACCGCGCCGCCGCCAUGUUCUCCUUCAAUAUGUUCGACCAUCCCAUCCCCCGCGUCUUCCAGAACCGCUUCUCCACGCAGUACCGCUGCUUCUCGGUGUCCAUGCUGGCCGGGCCUAAUGACAGGUCAGAUGUGGAGAAAGGCGGGAAGAUAAUUAUGCCACCGUCUGCUUUGGAUCAACUCAGCCGACUUAAUAUUACUUAUCCAAUGCUGUUUAAGCUGACCAAUAAAAAUUCAGACCGAAUGACGCACUGUGGAGUGCUCGAAUUUGUGGCUGACGAGGGCAUAUGUUACCUACCACACUGGAUGAUGCAGAACUUGCUGCUGGAAGAGGGAGGCCUGGUACAAGUGGAGAGUGUUAAUCUUCAAGUUGCCACUUACUCAAAAUUUCAGCCACAGAGUCCAGAUUUUCUCGACAUCACCAAUCCCAAAGCUGUAUUAGAAAAUGCAUUGAGAAACUUUGCCUGUCUAACUACUGGAGAUGUUAUUGCCAUCAACUACAAUGAAAAGAUCUAUGAGCUUCGGGUAAUGGAGACCAAGCCAGAUAAAGCAGUGUCCAUCAUAGAAUGUGAUAUGAACGUGGAUUUUGAUGCUCCUUUGGGGUACAAAGAACCAGAAAGAAGUGCUCAACAUGAAGAGACCACAGAUGUUGAAGCAGACCACAGUGGUUAUGUGAGCGACGUAGGAUUCCGGGCAUUCUCUGGCUCUGGAAACAGGUUGGAUGGCAAGAAGAAAGGUGUUGAGCCCAGCCCGUCACCAAUUAAACCAGGAGACAUUCGGAGAGGAAUACCCAACUAUGAUUUCAAGAUUGGCAGAAUCACGUUCAUUAGAAACUCGCGUCCGCUGGUUAAGAAAGUGGAAGAGGAUGAAGCUGGAAGCCGGUUCAUCGCCUUCUCAGGGGAGGGCCAGUCCCUGCGCAAGAAGGGAAGGAAGCCCUGAGGUGUGAGACCUCCUGCUGCCGGGAGGAAAAUAAAAUAAGAAUUGCAGCAUAUUGGAUGUUAGUUAUUGCAGUUGCAAUACAAGAACACUGUGCUGUCAGGCGGUGUUGAUUUUCACUUGAAAAUUAAGUUCUACAAAUUCUUUGAGUUCUAGGGAUUUUUUCCUAUGCAUUGCAAAGGGGGUAAGUAUGUGCUGGAGAAGUCUGAGAAGCAAAAGCAGCUCUUAGCAAACAGCCUGCCCUCUUCUCUCCUGGUGUCGGCGCUCUGCUGUUGCUCUGUGCUUGGUACUUUCCCCUCCCUGUAGGCACCGUGCAGGUGAGCUUUGUGCUGUGGUGAUCCUAGCUCCAGGUGCUGGGAUGUGAUGAAGCCCAAGGAACUCAGUUUCUAAUGCUCUUCAUAACUAGUAACAUGCUUCAUAAUAACUAGAGAACCUCUUGUAGCAGUCUGGGGGGAGACAGCCGCCUCCCCUCAGGCACGGGAGGUGGGAUCUCAGUAAUAAACAAAGCUGUGCUCCUUCCUCAGUCGUGGCUUAAAACCUGGAGUAAAGGUUCCUAAAUAACCUU